UCAUUGGUUCCUAGUCGCGGUGAAUAUAAUCAAUAGGUGUGCUGAUAUUUGGGACCCCCUUGUUGCUGCCAGAAGCAAAACCGUAAGCACGAAAGCCACAAAAGAGAUGCUAAGUACUCUUGAUCGCCUUUUCAAGUCCGAGAUAAAGCAACAUAAACAAAAUGACUUCCAGUUCUCCAACUUCAAGGUUUCAAUAAAGAGCGGUACACCCCAGCAGGACAAUGGGCACGAUUGUGGAGUAUAUGUCAUGAAGUUUAUGGAGUCCUUCUUCAAACGGGAGGAAUCCAUGUCUCCGUUUGCUCCAGUGGAUGAGCGGCUGAAGAUAGCAUGUCGGCUUGUAACACAUGAUCGAAACGAGGUGAGGGAGGUUGUUUUCGCUGACAAGGAAAAAUACUACAUGCAACAGACUCCUCUACCCGUAGGUAGCCCUGUGAAGACCCAUUCGGACCCCAGAUUUUCAACGAAGAAGCUGAAGUCGAAGAACUCCAUUCCCACACGUCCAGUACGAACAAGGACUAGUGGUAGACUGAAGAGAAUUAAGUAUGAGGAAUAG